CUCUCCCCCCUCCCCGGAGCCGCGCGAACCCUCCCUCUCUCUCCCCCCCUCAGCUCCUGGCCGGCGGCGGCGGCGGCGGCGGCGGAGGCAGCGGCUCUUGGAAUGGAAUGACAUCACCGGCUGUGGGGAGCUGGAGCUGCUGGGAGAGCGCGAGCCGCAGUGUCUGUCCUCGCGCCGCCCGCCCGCGCGAUCCCUGCCAGCCCCGGCCAGCGCGCGCCCGCUGCCUGCUCUGCUGCUCGGGCUGGCUUGCCGGGGAGAGCGCCGGGUCCAGACGGAUUAAAUGCUACGCCGCCGCCGCCUCUUCCUGCGAGGAUGUGAGGGGGGCAAGAGCCGGGGGAGCCCAGCCCAGCCAGCCACCAGACGCUGCCCCGUCUGAAGGUCGGCUCAGGGUCUCGCAGCGCAGGGGCUGAGGGGCCAUCGCCUCUCAAAGUCUGAGGUCAGAGCUUGCUGCCAAGGAUGAGGCCCACCCGUUGCCCUGGCAUGUCCUUGGUCAUCAACCCCUUGGGUCUCCUUAUGGCCCUGCUUCUGGGCUGUCUGGCUGAAGAAUCCCCCAGGUUCAUCAAGGAGCCCCGGGAUCAGAUUGGGGUGUCAGGUGGUGUGGCUUCCUUUGUUUGCCAGGCCACUGGAGACCCCAAGCCACGGGUGACUUGGAACAAGAAAGGCAAGAAGGUGAACUCCCAGCGCUUUGAGACUAUCGAAUUUGAUGAGAGCGCUGGUGCGGUGCUUCGGAUCCAGCCCCUGAGGACACCCCGGGAUGAGAAUGUGUACGAAUGUGUGGCACAGAACCCCAUCGGGGAGAUCACCGUGCAUGCUAAGCUCACUGUCCUCCGAGAGGAUCAGCUGCCCCCUGGCUUUCCCAACAUUGACAUGGGCCCCCAGCUGAAGGUGGUGGAACGCACAAGGACUGCCACCAUGCUCUGUGCAGCCAGCGGAAACCCAGAUCCCGAAAUCACCUGGUUCAAAGACUUCCUCCCGGUGGACCCAAGCUCUAGCAACGGCAGGAUCAAGCAGCUGAGAUCAGAGACCUUUGAAAGUACUCCGAUCCGAGGUGCCCUGCAGAUUGAGAGCAGCGAGGAGACGGACCAAGGAAAAUAUGAGUGUGUGGCCAGCAACAGCGCGGGAGUGCGCUACUCAUCCCCCGCUAACCUUUACGUGAGAGAGCUACGAGAAGUACGCCGGGUGGCCCCCCGUUUCUCCAUCCUGCCCGUCAGCCACGAGAUCAUGCCAGGAGGCAACGUCAACAUCACCUGUGUGGCCGUGGGCUCCCCCAUGCCCUAUGUCAAGUGGAUGCAGGGGGCCGAGGACCUGACCCCUGAGGAUGACAUGCCUGUUGGGCGUAACGUCCUGGAGCUCACCGAUGUCAAAGACUCAGCCAACUAUACAUGUGUGGCCAUGUCCAGCCUGGGCGUCAUCGAGGCCGUGGCACAGAUCACAGUGAAGUCACUCCCCAAGGCUCCCGGAACCCCAGUAGUGACAGAGAAUACGGCCACCAGCAUCACCAUCACGUGGGACUCAGGCAACCCUGACCCCGUGUCCUAUUAUGUGAUUGAGUACAAGUCCAAGAGCCAAGAUGGCCCCUAUCAGAUCAAAGAGGACAUCACCACCACACGCUACAGCAUUGGGGGCCUCAGCCCCAACUCAGAGUAUGAGAUUUGGGUGUCGGCUGUCAACACCAUAGGACAGGGCCCUCCCAGCGAGUCGGUAGUGACCCGCACUGGGGAGCAGGCCCCAGCCAGCGCCCCCCGAAACGUGCAGGGCCGUAUGCUCAGUGCCACCACCAUGAUCAUCCAGUGGGAGGAGCCAGUGGAGCCCAACGGCCUGAUUCGGGGCUACCGUGUCUAUUACACCAUGGAGCCCGACCACCCUGUUGGGAAUUGGCAGAAACACAAUGUAGACGACAGUCUCCUGACCACCGUGGGCAGUCUGUUAGAGGACGAGACCUACACUGUCCGAGUGCUGGCCUUCACCUCUGUGGGGGAUGGACCCCUCUCGGACCCCAUCCAGGUCAAAACACAGCAGGGAGUGCCUGGACAGCCCAUGAACUUCCGGGCAGAAGCCAAGUCCGAGACCAGCAUCAGCCUGACUUGGAGCGCCCCUCGGCAGGAGAGCAUAGUCAUGUAUGAGCUGCUCUACCGGGAAGGAGACCACGGCAAAGAGGUAGGGAAAAACUUCGGCCCCACAACCUGGUUCGUGGUGGAUGACCUGAAGCCCAACACGGAGUACACCUUCCGCCUAGCAGCCCGCUCUGCGCAAGGCCUGGGGGCCUUCACCUCGGAGGUCAGGCAGCGCACUCUCCAGUCUAAACCGUCCGCCCCCCCUCAAGACGUAAAAUGCGUCAGCACCAGAUCCACGGCCAUUCUGGUAAGUUGGCGCCCGCCGCCCGCCGAGAGCCAAAAUGGUGACCUAGCGGGCUACAGCGUGCGCUACCGAGCCCUGGACUCUGAGGACCCGCAUCCCCGGGAGGUGAAGCAGAUCCCCCCCAGCACCACGCAGAUCCUCCUGGAGUCCCUGGAGAAGUGGACUGAGUACCGCAUCACCGCGGUGGCCCACACGGCCGUGGGACCAGGGCCCGAGAGCUCGCCCAUCAUCAUCCGCACCGACGAAGACGUGCCCAGUGCGCCCCCUCGCAAGGUGGAGGUGGAGGUGCUCAACUCCACAGCCAUCAGGGUGCUGUGGCGCUCACCUGUCCCCAGCCGGCAACACGGACAGAUCCGAGGUUAUCAGGUCCACUACGUCCGCAUGGAAAAUGGCGAGGCCAAGGGACUGCCCCAGAUCAAAGAUGUCAUGCUGGCUGACGCCCAGUGGGAAACAGAUGAUACAGCUGAAUACGAGAUGGUCAUCGACAAGCUGCAGCCUGAGACCUCAUACUCCGUCACCGUGGCAGCAUAUACUAUGAAGGGUGAUGGUGCACGCAGCAAACCCAAGCUGGUGGUGACCAAGGGAACAGUCCUGGGCAAGCCCAGUCUAUCCAUACACCAGACCCUGGACAACAGCUUGCAGGUGCGCUGGGAGCCAGCCCCAGGGUCUGAGGGCCAGGUCCUAGGCUACCGGCUGCAGUUUGGCCGGAAGGAUGUGUCCCCCUUAGCCACCCUGGAGUUCCCAGCCUCAGAGGACCAAUACACAGCCACCAGCAUCCACAAAGGGGCCACGUACGUGUUCAGACUGGCUGCCAAGAGCCGGGCGGGCUUCGGGGAGGAGGCGGCCCAGGAGCUCAGCAUCCCUGAGGACGUGCCGCAGGGCUACCCGCACAUCCUGGAGGCUGGCAACGUGUCGGCAGCCUCGGUGCAGUUCCGCUGGCUGCCUCCCGUGCCGGCUGAGAGGAACGGGGCCAUCGUCAAGUACACCGUGGCCUUCCGAGAGGCUGGCUCGGCAGGGCCGCCCGUGGAGACAGAGCUUCCCGCGUCACCGGAUAACUCGUUCACCCUUCAAGGCCUCAAGCCCAACACAGCCUAUGAUGUUAAAAUCCGUGCCCACACGAGUCAGGGCCCCGGGCCCUACAGCCCCAUUGUCCGCUAUCGGACGUUCCUCCCGGACCAAGUCUCUCCCAAGAACUUCAAGGUGAAGAUGGUGAUGAAGACCUCAGUCUUACUGAGCUGGGAAUUCCCCGAAAACUAUAACUCCCAUACCCCCUACAAGAUCCAAUACAACGGGCUGAACAUCGAUGUUGAUGGCCGCACCACCAAGAAACUCAUCACCAACCUCAAGCCGAGCACCUUCUACAAUUUUGUGCUGACCAACCGUGGCAACAGCAUGGGAGGCCUGCAGCAGACCGUCACCGCCUGGACGGCCUUCAACAUGCUGAGCUCCAAGCCCGCCGUCACCCAUAAGCCCGAGGCCGACGGCCGUGUGCCGGUGCAGCUGCCCGACGGCCAGAGCCCCGUGCCCGUCCAGAGCUACUUCAUUGUGGUGGUGCCUUUGCGGAAGACCCGAGGGGGCCAGUUCAUGAAUCCCCCAGCAAGCCCAGAGGACAUGGACCUAGAAGAGCUGAUCCAGGACCUAUCAAGGCUGCACCGGCGGAGCCUGCGCCAUUCCCGCCAGCUGGACGCCCCCAAGCCCUACAUUGCUGCCCGCUUCUACUCUCUGCCCUCACGCUUCGAGCUGGGGGACCAGAGACACUACAGCGGCUUUGACAACAAAGGCCUCGAGGCUGGCCAGAAAUACGUCUUCUUUGUCCUGGCAGUGCUACAGAAGACAGAGCCUACGUUCGCGGCCAGCCCCUUCUCCGACCCCAUCCAGCUGGACAAUCCUGACCCACAGCCCAUCAUCGAUGGGGAAGAGGGCCUCAUCUGGGUCAUCGGGCCCGUCCUGGCCGUCGUCUUCAUCAUCUGCAUCGUCAUCGCCAUCCUGCUCUACAAGAAUAAACCUGAUAGCAAACGGAAGGACUCGGAGCCACGCACCAAAUGCCUGUUGAACAAUGCGGACCUCGCCCCACACCAUCCCAAGGACCCAGUGGAAAUGAGACGCAUCAAUUUCCAGACACCAGAUUCUGGCCUCAGCAGCCCCCUCAGUGACCCCGAGUUUCACUUUGAAAGUAUGCUCAGCCACCCUCCAAUCCCAAUCACCGAGAUGGCUGAGCACACAGAGCACCUCAAAGCCAAUGACAACCUGAAGUUGUCCCAAGAGUAUGAGUCAAUUGACCCAGGACAGCAGUUCACAUGGGAGCACUCUAACCUGGAGGUGAAUAAACCCAAGAAUCGUUAUGCCAAUGUCAUAGCCUACGACCACUCCCGAGUCAUCCUGCUCCCCAUGGAAGGCAUUGUGGGCAGUGACUACAUCAACGCCAACUACAUCGACGGGUACCGAAAGCAGAACGCGUACAUCGCCACGCAGGGGCCACUGCCAGAGACCUUUGGCGAUUUCUGGCGCAUGGUGUGGGAGCAGCGCUCCGCCACCAUCGUCAUGAUGACCAAGCUGGAGGAGAAGUCGCGGAUCAAGUGUGAUCAGUACUGGCCCAGCCGGGGCACAGAGACCUACGGGGUGAUCCAAGUGACCCUGCUGGACACGAUCGAGCUGGCCACAUUCUGCGUCCGGACCUUCUCCCUGCACAAGAAUGGCUCCAGCGAGAAGCGUGAAGUACGCCAGUUCCAGUUUACAGCGUGGCCAGACCACGGCGUCCCUGAGUACCCAACACCCUUCCUGGCUUUCCUGAGAAGGGUGAAGACCUGCAACCCUCCGGAUGCAGGCCCCAUCGUGGUACAUUGCAGCGCGGGCGUGGGCCGCACAGGCUGCUUCAUCGUCAUAGACGCCAUGCUGGAACGCAUCAAGCCCGAGAAGACGGUGGACAUCUACGGGCACGUGACCCUCAUGCGCUCCCAGCGGAACUACAUGGUCCAGACCGAGGACCAGUACAGCUUCAUCCACGAUGCCCUUCUAGAGGCUGUUGCCUGUGGCAACACCGAGGUCCCCGCCCGCAACCUCUACUCAUACAUUCAGAAGCUGGCCCAGGUGGAGACGGGCGAGCACGUCACAGGCAUGGAGCUGGAGUUCAAGAGGCUGGCCAACUCCAAAGCCCACACAUCCCGCUUCAUCAGUGCCAACCUUCCCUGUAACAAGUUCAAGAACCGUCUAGUGAACAUCAUGCCCUACGAGAGUACACGCGUGUGCCUGCAGCCCAUCCGCGGCGUGGAGGGCUCUGACUACAUCAACGCCAGCUUCAUCGAUGGCUACCGGCAGCAGAAGGCCUACAUUGCCACGCAGGGGCCGCUGGCAGAGACCACCGAGGACUUCUGGCGGAUGCUGUGGGAGAACAACUCCACCAUCGUGGUGAUGCUCACCAAGCUGCGGGAGAUGGGUCGGGAGAAGUGUCACCAGUACUGGCCGGCGGAACGAUCGGCACGCUACCAGUACUUUGUGGUGGACCCCAUGGCUGAGUACAACAUGCCCCAGUACAUCCUGCGCGAGUUCAAAGUCACCGACGCCCGGGACGGACAGUCCCGGACCGUCCGCCAGUUCCAGUUCACAGACUGGCCUGAGCAAGGCGUGCCAAAGUCAGGGGAGGGCUUCAUCGACUUCAUUGGCCAAGUGCACAAGACCAAGGAGCAGUUUGGCCAGGACGGGCCCAUCUCUGUCCACUGCAGUGCUGGUGUGGGCAGGACUGGCGUCUUCAUCACGCUCAGCAUCGUCCUGGAGAGGAUGCGCUAUGAGGGAGUAGUGGACAUCUUCCAGACGGUGAAGAUGCUGCGGACGCAGCGGCCGGCCAUGGUACAGACGGAGGAUGAGUACCAGUUCUGCUACCAGGCCGCCCUGGAGUACCUUGGCAGUUUUGACCACUAUGCAACCUAAAAAGCCAUCCCUCCCCUCACUGACUCCACGGGCCACUGGACGUCAUGGACGCUUCCCCUUCCCUCAUGCGGAAGGGGUCUCGGACUGAUCACCACAAACUGAACCGCGGGAGCGUGGGGGAGGGGUGGGUAGGCCCGGCUCGGGGUCCCUCACGUUGGGGCCUCCGCAGCAUGAACCGGAGGAGCGAACCAGAGGCUCGUGAGCCAGGCCUGGUCUGAGCAGGGGGGCCUGUUACCUCAAGUUGGCUUUGGUCCCCAGGUCACCUUGCCCCCCCCCCCCCAGCCCCCGAUACCGGGGAGGGGCACAGUUGCCAGGGUGCCAUCCUUAAGAGUUUGGUUUCUUUGUUAAUCUAGUUGGCCGUUUUUAGGGGAAGUCACCCCUCUACCCACCCACCCCCUCCGCCUCUCGCACGCAGAGCCCCCUGCCGCAGCCCUGAGCCAAUAACCACAUCCAUGAAAUGCCUCCUGUGUACAGUGCUGGGGGAGGGACAGACUCGCCAAGCCCUGGCCCCCCCCCCCCGUAGGAGCUCCCCCCCCCCCGCCCCAUGUGGGGAAGGAAGGCUGCCCAGGGGUCCCCACAACCAGGACCCAGCUGGGAGGCCAAGCUCUCUGGGGGAUGCUGGGGCCAGAUCCCCUUUUGAAUACUUGGAACAUUCCUCAUUUCUUUUUUGAUUCCAAAACAAUGUUAUUUCUGGAAAGAUGAAGAAGACACGGCGAGGAAGGGGCAGCCUGGCAAGUCACUUUCCUGCCAGUUGGAUUUCAGUGGGGGAGGGCAUCCUCCGGGCAGAGGAGCCGCCAGGACAGGCCCGAUCCGCCACCUGUUCCUCCCUGUCUCAAGCAAACACUCCCUCCUUCCACCCUCCCACACCAUGGGCUCCGGGAAGAGACUGUCACACUCCUAGGACUCGGGCUAAAAGGAACCAUAGAAAUUGUAGGAUCUGUCAUCGCUUUACAGGUAAAGAGACAGAGGCCCCGACAAGCAGGCAGGCAGGCUGUGACUUGGGCUGGGUCCUCCCAGGCAAAGUCUGAAUUUGAACUCAGAACCUGCCUCAGUUGUCCUCAGCGCCCCCACUCUGUCCCCACUCCCUCGGGACAGCCUGGAGGGGCCUCAGCCAAGCCCACCUCCGCCCAGCCGUCAGACCAUCCAGAGAGAGUGGCCCCUUGGCCCUGCGCUGUGAGCGGCUUUCUUUAAAGUAUCGAUGUAACUGUAUCCAGUGACAUUACCGUUUUUUUUUAAAUAGUGUAUUUUUUCCUUUUUUUAAAAAAAAAAACUGACAGAAUAUGAGUCAAUGAAUUUAAAAGAAAAUUUGCUUAUUCAUAUUACGUUCAAAGACAGUCUAUUUUUUCACGGUAGAAACGUUCUGUGUACUGGCUGUGAUUAUAUACAAGGUUACGUGCGAAUUGCUACUUCUACAUCUGCUUUUCUACCAUUGGAAAGGUUCGACUCACUCAUGUAAGAAUGAACUGUCCUUGUUUUGUUUUCGAAUUCAAUCUCAGACAUAUCAGGCUUGGCUCCAAGUGCGGGGGGAGGCCGGGGGAGGCCAGCCAGCAGGACCCCUCCUCCUUUGAUCUCCCCUGCCUGGACCAGGCGCCCACUGUGGCUGGGAGGGAUGCUACCUCCCACCAGGAAGCCCCCUGACCCCAGGCGUGCAGGUGCCCCGGCUCACACGCCAGACAUCCAGGACAAAUCAUCACCUCGAUGGCUGGCGGGCCCUCAGGGCUCAGACUGUGUUGCCAAAGUGCCCAGGCAAAAGGAAGCUGCGUCCCCUGCCCCAGGCCGCCCUGGGCACCUCCCCCUCCCCCCUGCUCUCUGCUCAACUGUGGGGAAGAUGGAUGUGUUGGGAUGGGGGCACCAGCUGGACCCUGGGGGGAGGGGGGCUCACACACACACACAUACUUAGACCACAGUGUGUGUGUGUGCAUGCACACACACACAACCCACCUCCUGUGCUGACCAGGGAGGAACUGGGCCCACCCCACCCCAACCAAAAAGGCCGUGUGAACGUGGCCCCGAACUCUUGACAACCUGCAGCCAGGACUUCACUCGGGGGAGACGAGGGGAAAGGAGAAAAGCAGAUGCCAACCGAGACCAGUUUUUUCUCUUUGAACGAGAGCAGAGACACUAUUCGUUUCCCACUGUUACUUCAAACUGAAACUGUAAGUGGUUUUCCUGCCACUGUGUAUGUAGAUAUAUCGACUUUGUAUUAAAGGAAGAUUGUCUGAAA